CUCCAUCUUUCUUUAUUCUCUAUGUUCUUUCAUCCUGUUUACGCUUCUUCCAUUUCUCAUAGUUCAGCAUCGGUCAUUACUGCCAUAUCACAUUAGAAAAAGAACAUUCAGAAAAAACUGUCUUCAACCAUGGUCGAUCAUCGUGAUCACUCGCCUCAGCCCUAUCCGAGCACUCAGAGGCAUCAUCUUCAUCCCAAUCAACAGCCUCAACAGCCACACCACCAGCGCCCACAACCACAUCAACAGCAACGUCCACAGCAUCAACACCUGCAGCCUCCACACCAUUAUCACUACAGUCGUACAUUCCAGGGCCAUCACCACAACCAGGAUAUCCAGGGACCAUUGUCUGCAGGUGUGAUUGAAGGUCAUCAGCGUGCAUUUGCAUUCCCUACUUUCCAUAGUAGUAGCUUGCAUUCACGCGCUACUCGCCCAACACCCCCAUCACCACCAAUGUCUCACUCUAAUUUGAGUGUAUCCGAUAUUCUGGAGCGAUACCAGGAUGCCAGCCAAGACUUUUUAGUAUCGAUUCUCAAUGCCAAGGCUAAAGAAGAUGAGCGUAAGAAGGAAGAAGAGCGGUACAAGACAGAGCAGGUCAGGCUGCAGUACAAGCAACUGGAGCUGGAGCUCGCUCUCGAGAAGCGCCGUGGAUCGCCCCCAGCAGGACGUAUGUAUGCCAGUAAUGGUGCCACGGAGACGGGAGGCGGCAGUGCCAACUACACCGCGCCCUCACCCCCCCAUCGUCCUUCGUAUCCUAUAGCAGGACAGGCAGGUGGUCCAUCUGAAUCGACGCACUCGCAUCAGUAUGGUCGUCCUCACGAUCAUAGCGCACAUGCGGUGACUGAUUCGGCUGAACAGCAACAGCAACAGCAGCCCUCUUCGAUCAAACAUGGUUCAACAAGGCGUCAUCCUUAUCAAUCGGAUACCCACCACAUGCAACCAAGUCCCCAGAGUAGACCUCCAUCACUCAAGAUCAACACCGCGGUUAGACAAAGCUUCCCUAAGCACCGUGUUCCUGUUUCUCCUACGUAUGGUGGACCUGCAUCGGCUCCACCCACAACAUUAGCGCCACUGUCAUUACCAUACUCGCAUGGAGGUCAGUCGAACAAAGGCUCUUCUUCAGCUCGUCAUCAUUAUACCCUGCCAGCAUUGUCUUCAGUCUCGGCGCACUCCUCGCCAGUGGCCAACAUUGAUUAUCAAUCCCAGAUACCGCCACCUAUAACGCCCAAGGAAGAGCAUGUCUCACCCACAUCAAUACUAUCUCCUGCAGUAGGUCAAAAUUUGAAACGCAAGUCGAUUCAUCAUGAAGCCGUCAUGGAUGCGGUACGAGCCAAGGUCAUGCGAAAUGCUGAGCAGAAUCAGCUUCGAGAACGAGAACAACAGCAUCUUCAAAAGAAGGCCAGCUUAGAAUCUGCAAAUCGGCGCAAGGCUCAGCAUCAACAGAGCAGCUCACCAGAAAGAUCCAAGAAAGCAGUUGGUAGCUACAAUAACAACAACAACAGCAAUACUAGCUCAACAUCGGCAGCAACAGCAAUGACCAGUCCUAAGUCAAAGCAUAGCCACGCUUCAACAGCAAGCCCAUCGAAGCAAUCCCCUCCACAUUCCUCUCCUGAAAGUGCUCGGUCAGAAGGACCUCAGCUAGCGCCUAUUCGUCAUUCGGAAUCACCGGCCUCACCUUCGACACCAACCUCAGCUAACGCUGGUUCAGGACCAUCGCGGUCAAGCUCACCUCAUUCAGCCAAAGCAACAACAGAGGCCAGUAAGGCUACGAAUGAAACCUCUGAGAGUGUCAAGUCCUCGCGAAGGGGCAGCCAUCCUGAAUAUGCUAGGGCUUCAGCAGAGGAUGAGGAUCAAGAAAUGACUUCGCCAACAUCCAAGUAUGAAAUGGACCGGACACGUCCAGAUCAAUCAGAGAUUGGAGUCCUAGCUGUUUAGGGUAAAAGAACCUUAUGCGUAUCAACAUCCUUCAAGACGAGAAAAAAAAAAAAACAAAAAAG